AUGACCAUGGCUGGAAGUCACAAGAAUGCAGAUGGAAGAUAUCAGAGCCUAUUGUUGCUGUGCAGGCAUGUAGCUGACAGUAAUCCAGAACGGCUGGCUGCUACAACUCACGUCUACUCUGGGACUGGUCUGUGCUGCUGGAUAAGCUGCCACUCUUCUCGGAUAAGAUCGCACAAGUUUUCUGCCCCCAAGAUGGCCGCCUCAGAGAAAAGACUCUCUGCAAGACGCAAACACACUCUAAAGAGCUGCAUGCUAGUUGUGGCCAACACUUUACUGGAAAAUGAAGCUGCUGUAAAGGCCGGGGAGAGAGAAACAUUUCUGAAAGACAAGUGUCCCCCUUUAGAGCUGCCAUACUCCAAAGAAGAGCUUAUAACACUAUGUGAAAAACUUCAUGAGGAGAUCGACCUUAGUGAAGAAGAAAGGUACUGUUUAGAGUUCAAGCUCGGAAUGGUCCUUGACGAGGUCAGAGACCUUAACAUAAAGAUAGUGGAUCUGAGGGGUAAGUUUAAGAGGCCCAGGCUGAAGAAAGUGCGUAUGUCUGCCGACGCCAUGCUCAAAGCUCUGCUGGGCUCCAAACACACAGUCAACAUGGAUCUGAGGGCCAACCUGAAGCAGGUCAAGAAGGAGGUCAAAGAGGAGGACAAGCAGCUGCGCGACGUUGGAGACUGGCGUAAAAACAUUGAAGACAAAUCUGAUAGAAAGAAGAUGUUUGAUAGUUAA